CUCGGUGCGAAAGCUGCUGCGGCUCUUGAUAAGGAGCUCAUGAGCACAGGAGCUUUCUCUAUCGAUCAGCUCAUGGAGUUAGCUGGUCUCUCCGUGUCACAAGCUGUCUACCGUGUCCAUCCUCCGAAUAAUGGCCGUAGGGUCUUAGUUGCAUGUGGGCCCGGGAACAAUGGAGGCGAUGGACUCGUUGCAGCACGACAUCUAUUCCAGUAUGGCUACCAGCCGACUAUCUACUACCCUAAGAGAAGCAAGAAUGAACUCUACCAGCGCCUUGCCAAACAACUAGAGGACCUCGAGGUACCUUUCACCGAGGACUUCCCGACGGCCAUCAAGUCCACCGACCAUAUAGUCGACGCAGUGUUCGGUUUCAGUUUUUCAGGAGAGGUCCGAGAGCCAUUUCCGGCCGUGAUUCAGGCCAUGGAGGAGACGAGCCUCCCCGUAACCUCGGUCGAUGCCCCAUCGUCCUGGAACAUUGAGAAUGGGCCGCCCCCAACAGGACUCGGUAGCACGUUCAAUCCUACCGCGCUGAUUAGCCUGACAGCCCCCAAGCCUUUGGUGAAGUAUUUCAAGGGACGUCACUUCAUUGGGGGAAGGUUCGUGGCCCCAGCCAUUGCCAAGAAGUUCGACUUUGAUGUGCCCGAUUACCAGGGGAUCGACCAGGUCGUGGAAGUCGGUCCCAACGGGCAGAAACUGUGAAGUUGUUGAUCGCGAAGGCGCGCUGGUCGCUAUAGGGGCUUCCAGUAGGGCUGUUUUCUACCGUCGCAGAUCGGGGGUCCAUGGGUGUUAACUAACCACACACCCACCAGACCGGCUGUUUGGGCACACGGGGCUUGGACACCGCCCUCCGAUCAUGUGCUCUUCCCAGGUGGUGGUGUCGGCCGAGCAGCCAGAGUCCAGGCGGUAUGUCGGACACAAUUUGACGAAUAUAAGAUACUCCUUCCCGCAGAUUGGGCAGCCGCAAGUGUGCCUCUCACACAUCAAGUCGAAUCAUGCGGGAGUCUCCAACAAAUUUUGAAGAUGACAACUCGACUUAGCGGACAAGUAAAAAUGCAUUGUCGACAACAACACGAAACUGUUCUGGUAUUAUGCACGGGGAUGGGCGCAGCUUU